AUGUAUGGAAAAUUGUUUAGCAUGUUCAUCUAAUAAUUUCAGAAAGUUCUAAAUAAAGGUAUUAUAAUUAAAUCAUUAAAUUUAAGCUGCAGCUUUAUAGAAAUUGAAAAGAUUUGAUGAAGCUUUGUAAUUUUAUAAUUAAGCUAUUGACGAAAAUCCGGAAGUUUCAACAUAUUUUUUUAAUAAAGGUAUAAAAAUAAAAAAAUAAAUUUUUAGCUGUCACUUUACAGGAAAUGAAUGAAGAUGAAGAAGCAUUAAAAUUUUAUGAUUAUGCUAUAUAGAGAGAUUCAAUGGAUUCAAGAUAUUAUAUUAAUAAAGGUAUCAAAUAGUGAUAUUACAAUUGUAGGUGAAGUUUUACAAAAGCAAAAUAAAUUCGAGUAAGCACUAGAAUAAUACGAUUAUGCCAUUAAGUAUAAUCCUGAAAAUUCAAAAUAUUUCUUUUAUAAAGGUAUUCAUUUGCAAUUAUGUUAUCUUAGCGAAUAUUCUAUCAAAAAUGAAUAGAUAAGAAGAAGCAUUAACUUUUUAUGAUUUAGCGAUUAAAUUAAACCCUUAAGAUUCAGAGAAUUAUGUUGGUAAAGGUAUUCAAAAAAAAAUUAUUCAAUUUAGCUAAUACCUUAAAUGAUAUGAAUAAAUUUGAUGAAGCAUUAAAAUAAUAUGAUUAUGCAAUUAAUAUAAACCCAAAUGAUUCCAGAUAUUAUGGAAACAAAGGUCUUAAUAACAUUAUUAAUAUUUAGCUAAUACUUUAGUUAAACUUAAUAGAUUUACAGAAGCAUUAGAAUAUUAUGAAUAGGCAAUUAAAAAUAAUCCAGAAAAUCCAAUAUACUUCUUUAAUAAAGGUAUGAAAAAAAUAAAUAAUAAAUUUAAGCUGUUACUUUAGAUUAAAUGAAUAGAUUUGAAGAAGCAUUAGAAUAUUUUGAUUAUGCUAUUUAGAGAAAUUAAAAUGAUCCAAGUUAUUAAACAUGUAAAGGUAUAAGCAAGAAACAAAUAUAAAUUUUUUAGCAAAAGUUUUAGAAAAAAUAAAAAAAUUGUAAGAAGCCCAAUAAUAGGAGAAUAAUGUAAUUCAGAAUAACUUAAAUAAUUCAAACUAUUAAUCUAUUUAAGUAAUAAAAAAUUAAUAAUUUUUUUAGCUUGAAAUGA